GCGCCAAGUGACAACUACGUAAUAUCUCCCAGAAUGCAUCACUUCUUCCUCAUCUCACCUUAACUUCUAAGGGCUAUGGAUCAUCUUUUCAAAACCAGAGACCCGUUUGCAGGUUCUGCUUAUGAAAAAGUCUAUCAGGACCUUAAGAACAUCUCUAAAAAUGGAGAACAUUUUUGCAAAACCCUUUUGUCUGUUCUGCAACAGAGGGCUGACCUAGAGCUGAACUACGCCAAAGGACUUGAGAAAGUGUCUAAUAAGCUGACCAAAGCUCUGGAUGGAAUGAACAAGAAUUGUAUUAAUACUGCCUGGGCCUGUGCUUCUGAAGAAAUGAAGACCAAAGCUGAAGUCCACAGAAAACUUGGCACAGCAAUCGUGCAAGAAGCCAUAAAACCAACAAAUCAAGUCCUGGACGAGCACGAGAAGAAGAGGAAAAAGCUAGAUAAUGAAGUGGACAAGACGGCAAGCAUUGUGUUAAGCAACUGGAGAGAACAAAUAAAGAUAAAAAAGAAGCUCACGGAACAUACCAAGAAACACGAAGCCCUUUUUCAUCACGUGGAGAAUGAAAAUGCAAAAGAAUCAGUGACAGAGAAAGACAAGCAGAAGCUUCUGAACAAACUGAAGAAGUCAGCAGCAGUCUUGACGAAAACAGAUGAAAAUUACUACCAAGAGAAUCUCAACGGGCAAUCAGCUAGACUGAAAUGGGAAAGUGUUUUGGAGAAUUGUUAUAAGAGCAUUCAAGACCUUGAAAAGGAAAGAAUACAAAUCCUCUCUCACAUCUUAACCCUGUACAAUCAGCAUGUAUCAAGUUAUGGGCAGACACUCAAUGCUUGUAAGAGCCAAAUUGAUCAGGCAAUUAUAAGCAUUGAUGUUGAGAAGGAUACGGAAACUUUUAUGGCGGAAACAACUAUCUAUACUCAAGAAAACAAGUCAGAGUUUCUACUACUGGAUUAUUACGAAGAAGACGGCUCAGCUAUUAUGGAUCAAAACAGAAAAAUCAAUUCUAUUAAUGAGAAGCUUGCAAGGCUCCAGAGUGACAUGGAGAAAGCAAUAAAAGAUAGAGAAGGGUUGGAAAAAAUGAUGAGAGCCUAUAGAGAAAAUCCAGCAUUUUCUGAUAUGAAAAAUGAGGAGGAAACAGCUGCUCUUCUGGAAGAGACAAACUUGAGAGUUAACUUGCUUGAAGCAAAUCACUUCAAACUCUCCUCGGCCUUGGCACAACUUGAGCAGAAAACUCUUCCAACUCAUCCAUGCAGUGAGAGGAUGACAAAGUGGAGAGAGAAGGGCUGCCAACUCUGCUCCGUGCAGAUAUCUCGGUCAAUAAAUACUAUAAAACUAAGACGCUCUCAGAGUAACAGGAUGUCUACCAGAAGCUAUGGGUCAAGUCUACCACCCAAUGAAUAUAUAGACCCUGACAACAUUGAUCACCCGAGCAAACCGCCACGAAGUUUAACCAAACGAUUUUCUAGGAAUUCCCGCAGCUCAACAAAGGAACAAGUCGGUGAUGGUCAAAAUACAGAAGAAAACAUUGGUGAAUGGCGUGCCCUAUACCCUUAUACAUCACAGAGAAAAGAUGAACUUGACUUGGAAAAAGGUGAUUGUGUCAUUGUCCACCGUAAAGCUGAUGAUGGGUGGUGGUACGGUACCCUUAAUGGGAAGAAAGGUUAUUUCCCCUCUACAUAUGUUGAAGAAAUAAAUUCUUCUACAUAGACCCAGACCAUGAAAUCAGAAAAACACAUUUAUCUAAAAGAUCUGUUUUUGUUGCUCCAUAACUAGAGCAGUAAUUGAUGUAUGGUGUUUACUUCAAGUGGAGCAGAAGAAAGAUAUAAAGGAUGUUUCAAGUUACCUACCCAAAGU